AUGGCCGCAAUUCGUAAUGUUGAUAUUAGGGUCCCCCGCGCAACAGCCACGUCACCAGCAUUGCAGCGCCUCAACUCUGUCGUUCCCCGUUCGGCAUCCGCGCUGGCUUUGUCUCUUCUUCGAUGGCGUAGCAGUGCCCCUUCUCUAAGACGCCUGGCCCCUAGAGGGUCGGGCAGCUGCUGCGGCGGCAGCCAGGGAAUACGGGCUGGUUAUGCGUGCUUGACUUUCAAUUCUUUGAAUUGCGUGCCUCGAAACCGAGCUCUCUCCUCUUCAACCAGGGACUCGGAGAGGCUGCCAGCAAGUGCGAGUGAGCAGAGGGGGAAGCAGACAGAGGAAACGUCGCAACGGAGCGAUCAUAUGGAGUGGCACAGCUUCCGCGCUAAAGGGAUGGACGACCACUUGCAAUCGUGGGAAAGCGAAAAAAGGGAAAGAAAAGAAAAGCUGGAGAGGUCUUUGAGACUUCGUGAGAUAUACAAACCUGCUCACCUCAGACGCCGCAAGCAGAAAGUUAAGAGAGUCCAGCAAGCCGAGGAGCAGGCCCCUCCCGUAGUGGCGGCUAAUUUUACUGAAGAGGCACAGACUCUAAGUUUGAUUGAAGAUAUCCACAAGGCGGAGGUGUAUCAGGAGAUAUGCGCCAAGUUACAAGCGCAUCGUCCGACCUUAGUGAAUGAAUUUACGGACUUUGAAAAUCCCUAUAUGUUGAAGAGACAAGCACUCAAGCGUUUACUGGAGGAGAGAGGCACGCGGAAUGCUGUAGAUGAAUCAGUGAUUGAUACGUUUCUAGACAGACGGCCUGACCUUGUAAAGUUGAGGCUUUCCGCGGAUCUUCCUCCUGAGGUGGUUGAGCCGCUGGCGGCUUUCCAUGGCCUAAGGAGCUUCAGUUUCGACAAGAGAAACAGACUCAAACAAAAAGUUGAUGCUCUUUUUAAGGCUGUGGGAUCUGCGCACAAGGGUUUAGAUUCCCUUCUAGGAGAUUUAGAGGAAAACCAGCGCUCAGACCAAAUUAGCAAAGCGCAUCCGUUUAGGAAUCAUUUUGGUUUCGCGUCCUCUGUCCCUUCCGGGACCGUAGGGUCUGUUACAAUGGGAAGGGAGGACAGCGGUGUUGACCUGGAAUUAAAAACAAUCAGGUAUCCGACUUUGCAGCGUGUAGCACACAGUCUACCAAAAGACCCAAAGUACAGGGAGAUAGUGGCACAUGCAAUUCGCGUCUUGGAGCGUUCGAAGGGUUGGGAUUUCAAGGACAAAUUAAAAGCAAUCAGCACUCUCAUUGAGGUGUACAACUACCUGCCCCCCAGCGCCACCUAUGAACGGAUGCUAGACAAAGCUUUCCCUGUUUUCAGAACACCGGGAAUGACGCGACAGACAAAGUCCAGAAAUUCUGUUUUUUGCAGAGGGCUGAAAUAUAUUAGAUCCCUCACGACACAAAAGCCUUUAUCGAUGCGCUUGGCCAAGAAGAAAUAG